CCCUUUUUCUUCCUUCUUUCUUUUCUCCUCUGCCACCAGCGUCACUUUCUCUUCUCAUAGAAUUUCCUUUCAAUCAGUUCCUUCCUUCAAUCACCGUCCUAAUUUCUUCAUCCGCCGCUCCAAUUUUCCGGGCAUUCGAGCCCAACAGUCGGAGACCAAAUCCCCGAAAAGGGGAGAGGAGGAAGAUGCGUUGAAAGUGAAGGAAUGGGAAGUUGGAAAGUUCCCAAACGAAGUCGCUGCGAGUCCAGGCAUAAGAACAAGGCGAAGACCGCCUACGGGUCCGCCGUUGCAUUAUUCCGUUUGCAAAACGAGGGUAACACUCCUCGCAAUAUUCUCGAAGAAAUCAUUUGGCAGUACAAAUUGAUCCAACAAUUCUGUCUAGAAAUUAAGUCAGUUAUCAAAGUGAGGCUACCUUCAAUGGAUGAAAAGGUUGCCUUGGUUCCUUGGGCAGAUAUGCUCAACCAUAGCUGUGAGGUGGAAACAUUUUUGGAUUAUGACAGAUCAUCACAUGGGGUUGUCUUUACAACAGAUCGGGCUUAUCAGCCAGGUGAGCAGGUUUUCAUAUCAUAUGGCAAAAAAUCUAAUGGAGAGCUGUUGUUAUCUUAUGGAUUUGUUCCAAAAGAGGGCACAAAUCCUAGUGAUUCAGUAGAGCUAUCUCUAUCGCUUAAAAAAUCUGACAAAUGUUAUAAGGAGAAGUUGGAAGCUUUAAGGAAGCAUGGAUUGUCUGCUUCUCAGUGUUAUCCUAUACAAAUCACUGGUUGGCCACUGGAGUUAAUGGCAUAUGCUUACCUGGCAGUCAGCCCUCCAAGCAUGAGCCCGCAGUUUGAAGAGAUGGCUGCUGCAGCAUCAAAUAAAUCUACAACCAAGAAGGACUUAAGAUACCUUGAAAUUGAAGAAAAAGCACUGCAAUUUAUUCUUGACAGUUGCGAGUCAAGCAUAUCAAAAUACUCCAAAUUCUUGCAGGCAAGUGGCUCCAUGGAUUUGGAUGUGACAUCUCCAAAGCAACUAAACCGAGGAGUGUUUCUGAAACAGCUAGCAGUAGAUUUAUGUACAAGUGAGCAGAGAAUACUAUUUCGUGCUCAACAUAUACUGAGGAGGAGAUUGAGGGAUAUGAGGAGUGGUGAACUGAGAGCUUUAAGGAUCUUCGAUGGAUUGCAAAACAUUUUUAAAUAAAGGUUUCCUUCAUGCGGCCUGUUCUUGGUUUUGGGGAUGAACAGAGUUAGUUUAUGUCUGGUGGAGUUCUGCUGUAAACUCAAACCUAGGGAGUUAAAGUGAGGCAAGGCAACUUACAGAAAUUCUGCCCCGUUCAAUGUAACAAUGUAAUGUUCUGACAUGAAUCCCUAUAAAGAAGCAACUGUUUUUUAAGUUACUUACAUUAUCUGCAAACAUUGCUUGUAAUGUUGCUUGCGUAUACAGGCAUUGAUUGAUCAAAAUGUAUGAUUUAUGAACUCCACCAUGCCUGCCCAAUGGUGCAUUAAAGCUUGGUCCUCAA